AUGUCCGCCGAUGUCUACGUUCCUGGCGUCGCAGCCUGGUCGCACGAAGUCGCAGGGGAGUCGCAGGGUGUUCCGCAAACGAGGGGUAGCACGGACGAGUCGCCGAAUCUAGCAGCGGACGUUGACAGUAAUGCCGUAACUUGUAGCAGCGCUGUUGACGGCGUCGUUCACGGCGCCAGAGGCGGUUCAAGCCUGGGGGAGAGGGUGCCGGUUGCGGAGUCGAGCCGCGGUCUCUCUGGCUCAAAACCUAUCAUUGGCGACUCGAAACCUGUUACGGAACGACACGUGUCAUUUUCCGAUCCAUCCACCCCACGACAGACGGGGACAGGCUCUCGAGUCGGUCUUUCCUCCUCCGCAACUUUCGCGCCGCUCUCCCUCCCCCCGCCAUCCCCGCUCUCCCUCCCCUUCGCGUCCCCCCGACCACUCUCCGCUUCCUCCCCACUCUCCCUUCCCCCUUCCACUCUCCCCUCCAUCUCUCUUCCCUCCUCCUCUCUCCCCCCGCCCUCCCCACUCUCGCUCCCAUCCUCGUCGUCGCUCCCCUUCCCCUCGCCGUCCGAACUCUCUUUGGCUUCCGCUUCCCCCUACCUGCACUACCGGGGGGUGCGCCAGCGCCCGUGGGGGAAGUGGGCGGCGGAGAUUCGAGACUCCGCGAAGAGCGCGCGCGUGUGGUUAGGGACGUACGCGACGGAGGACGAAGCGGCUUUCGCGUACGACGCGGCGGCGCUCGCGAUUCGCGGAUCACGCGCGAGAGUGAACUUCGAAGGGAGUCGUGAAUACGCGGCGCAAUUCGCGGAGGUCUUGGCGAAAAACGGUGGAAAAGUCGAUCGACGGCUGCAGAUUGCUCUCGGGAUCGAGACGAUGAGGCUUAUUAGGGAAGGCGCGGCGAAACACGUGGCAAGCUUACAGAGCGCCACGUCGGAACUUUGCAGGCCGUUCAGGGGCUUGAGGUCGCGGCGGAGGAAAGUGAGUGUUGGGGGGGCAAGCGCGGGGGUUAGCUGCGGCGGCAGCGCGGGGGAGGAGAUUGGCAGGGGCAUUGGCGAAACCAUGGGGGGAGGGGGAAAUGUCUCGGCGGAGGAGGCGGAGUUACGGGGGAACGUCUCAGCGGAUGUUCCUAUGACGACCGACUCGGAUUGCAAAGCGGAGGCAGGCAGAGAGAUAUUGACUGGGGGGGAGGGAGGGAAGGUGCUUCGAGUGGGGGAGCAAGAUACGGAGGGAGGGUUGAAACACAAAAAGCAGGAGCAUCAACAGCAGCAAAUACGGCUAGGGCAGCAGCAUCAAUUGGGGCAGCAAAAUCAACCGGGGCAACAUAAUCAAUCGGGGCAGCAACAAUUACUGCAGGAGCAACCCCCAGCGCACGCUGCAAAACUUGAAGCUCAGAAAGAUAUGAUUGGCUUGGGGGAAAUUGAUCUCCUCUUUGCUGCCCGUGGUGGGCGUCGGAGCAACCAAAGCUGCCCUCCAAACGUUCUCAACGAUUGGAUGGGAGCAGACGACGAAAUGUUUUGGAGUGCCCUAGGGGAGGGUACCGGGGGAGCGUUUUCGGGGAUGGGGGAGGGAGGAGGCAGCUACACGGGCGGUUGGGGUUCGGAUUCGGCUACAGUAACAGCAACUACAGUAACCGCGACUACAGUAACAGCGAAUAGAGCCGCGAUUGCUGCUAUUGAGGAAGGGGACACUGCAGGAGUGGGGGAGAGGGGAGUGGUGGUGAGUGGGAGGGGCGAGGGGGAGGGAAAAGUUGGGGGGGAGGAAAAUGAGAAGAAGGGUGGAGAGGAGGAUAUGAUAGAGUGGAUGCUCAAUCAGGAGGCGCCUGCAAGCUCUCUCUGCCUUGUUACUCCCGCUUCCGCCAUGGAUAGACAACAAGCUAUUACUGCACCUAACACUGCAGUCGGCACUGCAGCUGGUACUGUAGCAUGCAAUGUAGCAGGCAGUGCAGCGACAGCACCAGGCACCAAUCUCCCUGUCACCGUGGCAAGAAGUGCCCUUCACUGCUAUUACAUCUCCCUGACCCCACUCGGACACCAAUGA